AUGAAGACUUCCAUGAGCAUCAUCAUCAUCUUCUUUGUAGCUUUUCUCUCCAUUACUACAAUCUCAUUAGCCAAGAUGAGCAAUGUAGAAGAUUGCAUAAGAAGAAAUAUCGCUCAUGUCGAGACACCUGAAGACAUGUUCUGUAGAGACGAAGGACGUAUCGUCAUGUACUUCUUGAAAUUGAAUGGAACGUUCCCACAUUACUACGUCAAGGCAUUGUGCAAUGUAUUCGGAAACGAUGAUAUGAAGGUGAAGCAAUACGUUCUUGAGAAAUGGUUGAAUCUUUCAAAGAAGCUCAUCGAUAGCUUAUCUUGUGCUUCUCUAUAA